CGUACCAGUAUCAGGAACCGAAUUUUAAUGGUUUUUCGAAUAUAAUUUUUAAUUUUUUCUUUUUGUUUUUGGUUAAAAGUCUGAUCACAAUAAUAAUAAUAAUAAUUUCCAUUAUGUGCCGAGUUUUUUAUAAAUAUUUUCUAAUUACAAGUACCAGUUUUAUGGCUACUGGUGGUUUUUAUUUUACAAGUCUUACACGUUGGUUAUGGCCAUCACCAAUUUAUGAUUAUGGUGAUUAUGAUUGGCGUAAAGUUCCUGAAUCUAUUGGUGCUGUUUGUUUCAUAUUAUUUUCCAUUGGUCUAUUGAUUGUAUUACGUUCUCAUGAACAUGAAUUAUUUGUAUUUGCUUUAAUUCUAUUGAUACCGAUGGUAACCAUAUCCAUAAUGUUAAUCAUACAUUUGAUCGAAAAACGUGCAUAUAUUGAUUUGAGCGAUUUUUUUCUUUUGGUUAUCGUUAUAUUACUUAUAUCGAUAAUUGGUCAUUUAUUUCUAUACAUACAAAGUUUAAAAAAUCUUCAAACAAAUAUAAAUCGAAAACAUAAUCCAUUACAAUCACAACAACAACAACAACAACAACAACCAAAAAAGACUUCCAUUUAUUUACCAAAACGUGAAACAGAUACUUUUGAAUUGUAAGAUUUUAUAAGAAAAUCAAUAUGACAACAAAAUAAUAUUAUUGAUACAAGCUCCUGUACAUCAUGUAUUUAUAUAUUUAAGAAUUUAAUUUUUAUGUUAAAA